AUGUGCUGUCCUCACUAUACGCUUCGACUCGACUCAACUAGCUUUCAGGCCACCCGGGACCAGCGCCAGGCUGUCAAUCGAUUCACCCGCUAUGUUAUUGGCGACGCCUAUGCCAAAGAGGCGGCCCGGCUCUGUCCUCGGUCAAAGGAAGAAGCAAAGCGGCGGGAGACGAUCUUCGACCUAGCUGAGCGUAUCCACGAGGCGGAGAUUAACAGACUCCCACCUUUGUCUUUACGCCAACUAGUUUCAAAAGGGCAAGCACAACAGGCGGAGAAGGUACCGAAAGAGCAUGCCGAUGACCACACAAGUCCCCUGGCCGAGUCCACUAUGCCAGACCAUCGCUUCGAGGUAACCCUGGAGCCUGACACUUUCACGGAAGAAAAGUACCUUGUGUAUGAGAACUAUCAGCGCAUUGUUCACAAGGAGCCACCGUCGAAAAUUACGCGUCAGGGGUUUGCCUCUUUCCUUUGCAACUCGCCACUUCGCCGCGAGACUUUGACAGACAGCAGUGGUCACACGCGGGAGUUGGGUUCCUUCCACCAGUGCUACCGUCUAGAUGGAAGGCUGGUCGCAAUUGGAGUUCUGGAUCUGCUACCUAAUUCCCUGAGCGCGGUUUACUUUCUGUAUCAUGAGUCCAUACAUCAGCACAACCCGGGAAAACUGGGCGCCUUGAGAGAGAUUGCCCUGGCUCGUGAGCAUGGCUACCGGUGGUGGUAUUCUGGCUUUUACAUUCACAGCUGCCCGAAAAUGCGAUACAAGAUCGAUUACGCACCGCAGUAUGUACUGGAUCCGGAAACCCUGGAUUGGGAUCUGCUCGACAAGGAAUCCUUGGCCCUUUUUGACAAAUUCCCGUAUGUCAGUCUAUCAAGAGAGCGGCGUCGAGCAGGCUGUGGUGGAAAAAAUGGCCGUCCAGCCAGUGAAUAUACCACGGCAUAUCGGAAGGCAGCCGGAGGUGAUAGACAGGACGACUGCAAUAGUAACGACAAAACUAGCGACGAUCUGGAUUAUGAGGAUGGCCAAGACAGCGCAAGUGACGAAUCCGAAUCCGAUCACCCGCUGUUCAUGAGCAACAUGCCAGGCCUUCCACCUCUAGAUACUGUGGCUGGUCUUGCACUGGGCGAAAUUCCCAUCCAGACGAAUAUGCACUCAGACAUAUUUCCUAUUAGGUUUCUGGUUGUCUGGUCAGAGGGCACUGUGCUGGAUGGCACCAGUUUCAAGUCCAAGGUGGCAGAACUUGUAGCGGCUAUGGGACCUGAUCUGAUCACACGAAUUUGCUUGGAUUUUCGCCGUCACAGGAAGCCUGAGUAUUGA